AUGUCCGCGAAAACCGCCAAUGGGAAGCGCACAUCGCCUGCGGUCAACUUGAUCGCUGGUGGUGGUGCCGGUAUGAUGGAGGCCCUCGUGUGCCAUCCUCUAGACACGAUCAAGGUCCGCAUGCAGCUGUCAAGGAGAGCCACAGCCCCCGGUGCUAAGCCGCGCGGGUUCGUGGCCACCGGUGUCCAAAUUGUGCGCAAGGAGACGGCCCUGGGUCUGUACAAGGGUCUGGGAGCCGUGCUGGGUGGAAUCAUUCCCAAAAUGGCCAUCCGGUUCACUUCAUACGAGUCAUACAAGGGCAUGUUGGCCGACAAGGAGACCGGUCAGGUUACCAGCAAGGCCACCUUCCUGGCUGGUCUCGCCGCUGGUGUGACUGAAGCCGUGGCCGUCGUCAACCCAAUGGAAGUCGUCAAGAUUCGUCUGCAGGCACAACACCACAGCAUGGCCGACCCGCUCGACGUCCCCAAGUACCGCAGCGCGCCACACGCCCUCUUCACCGUCGUCAAGGAAGAAGGUCUGAGCGUGCUGUACCGCGGUGUCUCCUUGACAGCCCUGCGCCAGGGAACCAACCAAGCCGCCAACUUCACCGCGUACACCGAGCUCAAGGCCGCUCUUCAGCGCUGGCAACCCGAGUACAGCAACAGCCAGCUGCCCUCCUACCAGACCACCUUGAUCGGGUUGAUUUCCGGUGCCGUCGGUCCCUUCUCCAACGCCCCCAUCGAUACCAUCAAGACCCGUCUGCAGAAGACCCGUGCCGAGCCCGGCCAGUCGGCUGUCACCCGUAUCAUGGUUAUCGCCAAGGACAUGUUCAAGACUGAGGGUACGCGCGCUUUCUACAAGGGUAUCACCCCCCGUGUCAUGCGUGUCGCUCCUGGUCAGGCUGUCACUUUCACUGUGUAUGAGUUCCUCAAGGGCAAGCUCGAGGCCUCGAACUGGGCUUUCGUCGGUGGUAAGUUUGAGGAGUAA